AUCAGAAUUCUUUUGGUGUUCCCUCUCUCUCCCAUCCCUGAUCGAAACAAUGAUCCAGAAUAACCUAUUAUAGAUUCGGUGCUUUAUCACGUUGUCGUUGUUUACAUGAUAAUCUCUCAUAUUUUGAUAUUUUAAAGAAGAGAAAUAAGACUGCAAAAUGUCUGCACCUCCGGAUCCUAAAUUUCUAUUGCGCGGUGAUAUGGAUGAAAAUGUACAUAGUUUGCUAUUCUGGAUUGAUUCUGAUGUAGAGCAUCUUUAUGCUGGCGAUGGAAAAGGCACGGUUCAUAUUUGGGAUUUGAAAACAAACAGGAUAAAAAGUCAAUUAUCAGAUGGAGACAGCCCCUGUUUUAACUUACAUAGAACUAAUCAGGCUGAUUUAAUAGUUCAACGAAGACACGGCGUAGUUGAUGUAUAUAAAGCAAAUGAAUCCAAUUGGAUAUUGAAUAAGAACAUUGAUUAUAAAUAUUGCAGUUUUUGCAGAUCUCAAUUGUUGCCUGAAAAGAAUGCGAUAUUAGUUCCACUUGAUUCUUCAGUGGUAGGAGUAUUAUCACUGAAAACGUUUAAUAUUGAAUCGACAUUAGAUCCAUCCAAACUAUCCUACAAUGACAAAUUGGGUACAAUAAUGGCGAUGAAACCAUUGGAUAUAAACGAUUUGGUUUUAGUCGCUUAUGAAGGUGGACAAUUAUUAUUGUGGGACAUGAAAAAAAAUGAUGUUCUCAGCUCUCUCACUGUGGAGCAAUAUCCGAUGACCUUUGAUUUCGAUAUUUCUUUGAUGCAAGGCAUCCUUGGUAGUGCAUCAGAUAAGUUGGAGAUUUUUAAAAUAUUGCCAAAUCAUACAUUAUCCCACAAAUCUACAAUACUAUUGGAGCAUGUUUCUGGAGUAUCUGUUCUUUCUGUGAGACCAGAUAAAAAAUUUGUCACAGCUGGCUGCUGGGAUGGAUGUAUCAGAUUGUUUUCUUGGAAAAAAUUGCGGCCACUUGCGAUAUUAAGAGAACACAAAGAGAGUAUAUACGAUAUUGUUUACUCGCAACGUGAAGUCGAGGCAUAUGAUACCAAGUAUUUAAUGGCAGCCACUGGCAAAGAUGGCUGUAUAUCGAUGUGGGACAUAUAUAAUUAGGAAUUAAAAAUGUGUAUAUGUAUAUAUAAAUUGCAUAUUUAUAUGAAAAAAAUAUAAAUUUUUUUUUAUAUUGU